CUGAGGUUGCAGUGAGCCAAGAUCACGCCACUAUAGUCCAGCCUGGGUAACAGAGUGAGGCUCUGUCUCAAAAAAAGAAAUAUAAAUAAAUAAAUCGAUAAAUAAAUAAAGAGAGGGGAUUAGCAAAUGUUAACAAGGUGUUAAAUACACAUUAGCACCAAAAUAAGACUUUGCCUUUCCUGUAAUCCAAAGAAUCAAAAGAGAAUUGAAAAGAAUGACUUUCUCACUGUGAUUUAAUAUUAAUUAAGGUAGGGUUUCCACACCACCAGAAUACCUAUCCCACUUUGGAAAGCACUGAUCUGGUGGUCCAGACAUUCCUGCAAUGUCCCUUCCAAAUGACUGUCCAGCUUCUUCCUGAACAUUUCCAAAGACAAGAGCUCUUAGAAAACUCUAACAAUACUUUUUUUUAAUGCAAAAUAAAACAGAUAAAUUUAAAAACCAGAAAAACAAAACACAACACCUCCCUCUCUGGUCCUCUCCUCUCCAUGUGACAAGCUCUAUGAUGUGUCACGUACUAUUUGGGCAGCUUCUUUUCAAAUCUAUAGACCAACAACUUCAGUCAAAUGUGGGACUCAAUGACUGUUGAAGGCAACAAGCUAGAAUCACCAGCAAAGGGCUUUCUUAAUUAAAAAUAAUAAAUGUUGUACCUCAAAGUAUGGUGCUUUGGCUUCAGAGAAAUGACAGUUACAGUAAGAGUGAACUAAAGUUUUGUCAUUUCAUGUAACACAAAAGGGCUAGACAAUUCUUAAAUCUUCAGCAUCUGAAGGGUUUGUCAAGGGCUUGCAAAAUGAGUCGAAAUCACUUAAGAGAAAUUUAAUAUCUUAAACUAUGCAUUGCCAUGGCUCUGGUGUAUGUCUGAGGCCUGUUUGAAUACUCUGAGCAUUUAUGGACAAGAAAAGGAGCUGUAGAUUUCACCACCUGCCCCCCUCAACACCUACCCGUACAUUGUAUUGAAAAAAAAAACAAAACUGUAUCUAAGCCAGGGAGGAGUUUCUUUAAGCUUCCCUUUCAUUCUCUGUAAAAUGUAAGUGAUAAGAUACCUGUGUCACAAGGUUGUUGUGAGGAUUUAUGCCUGGCACAUAGUGUGUGCUCAAUUAAUGGUAGCUGUUGGCGGUAAGAGUAGCAGCAAGAGCUGUCCUCUGGCGGUUCCCAUUGUAUAAAUGAAAAUUCUAGAGCAAGAAGACAGAGCUUCAAGUCAGGGGCACGGAACUAAGGCUCCAGAUUCCACAAGUCUCAUUUGUCUGUGAUCCCUGAAGCAACCACUUUCCUAUUAAGGUAAAUUGAAGAAACCAUAAAAUUAAUCUGGUAACAACAUGGGAGCCAGCGAGAAUUCCUACCUCAUUACUGGAAGGGAUAGGUUUCUGCCCUGCGGCAUGGAAUUCGAUUACCUUAUCACAGCUGCAUAAUUCUAAAUAUUUUCAUUGGUUAUACAACUGCUCUGUCUUUUCUGAGAAACUCAGCCCCAGUGUGUAGCACCCUGGAUUCCACGGGGCAGCAAAUUCCACACACUGCACCCAUGUUGUGAGAAGAGAUUUUCGAGCUGACCAAAACUUGAGGCGAACUGAGUCUCCAUCUUAACACUCAAACACACUUCAUGGCGGCCUGGAAACAAGGCAAUCAUUACGAAGCUUCAGCCCAGUUCUUCUGAAACCAACGUAUUGGGCCUGCUUCAUUGUCUCUCUAGGGGCUAAUCACAAACAUGUGGGAAGGGAAGCUAAGGAAUGCCUGUCUAGAAAGGGAGGUUGUAUAAUGUAGUGGGAAGAACCUAUGUGUGGGGUAAACUUUUUUGCAUCAUGUAGAAAGCAAAUCUAGGUAAUUAAAUGUGUGUGUGUGUGUGUGUGUGUGUAUUUAGGUUUUGGUGAGGUAUAAAGUCAUUUAAGUCUAGCUAUACCAAAAAGAAUUUACCUUUCCAUUACAGAUGAUUCAUUCAGUAAGCAUUUGUUGAGGAUUUUUAUGUGCCAGGUGCUUCUCUAGGAGCUGAGGAUACCAAAACGGAGAAGACAAGAUUUCUGCCCUCAAGGCAUUCAACAUCUGGUUGGGAGAUGGACUCAUGAUUGCAGUAUUCAUGGUAUCAGUGACAUGGGUAGUAUCAUCUCAAUGAAGGAACAACUUAGGGAAGGAACGAUGCACCCGUCUCUUGCCCUGCCUCUCCACUAUUCGGGCUUCCUUGCUGGGAAAUAAUUCUAUUAGCAAAGAAGGGGCUCUUUUUCUUUCUUUCUUUCUUUCUUUCUUUUUCUUUCUUUCUCUUUCUUUCUUUCUCUUUUCUUUCUUUCUUUCUUUCUUCCUUUCUUUCUUUCUGUUUCUCUCUCUCUUUCCUUUCUUUCUUUCUCUCCUUCCUUCCUUUCUUUCUUUUUCUUCCUUUCUUCCUUCCUUUUUUUUUUUUUUUUUUGCCCUGAAUUGUUUUCCUCUCACCUGAGUCUUUCACCAUUAAAUGCAGAAAGAACCAGAGGUGGGGCCCUGUGAAAUUCCCAAGAAAAGUCAACCUGAAGAACAUGGCCUCACAAAUGGGAAGUAAAUGAGAAAAGGUGCUUGAUAGGCUUUCAACGACAGAAACCUUCCCUUUCGGAGGGAGUUUGCAGGAAGGGAGCCAGGAGACCUGAGGAUCUCUGGGCUCAUGCAACCUUGCUCCCAGAGCAGGAAUGCCCUCUCCAGCCCCUGGAAAGUGGCCAUGGAGCUCCCCCGAAUGGUCCAUUCUUAGUUGGUCUCAACUAUGAAGUCUGUCUUCUGUGAGGUCCACCUAUUGGUCCUAAUUGUGUUAUUUGGCACAAUUAGGAUGGCAGUCUUUCAGAUGGUCUCAGGGGAGCACCUAGCAGUCUCUUGGGCACCUAAGCAUAAGCGAAGUGUCCCAGUGCUUCUUCUGUGCCUGUUCUCCAGGCCUUCCACCAUCCUCUCCGCCAUCCACUGUGCUCCCAGAGCUGAUCCUGGUACUCCAGAUGUCAUGUGACUGGGUAGGGACAGCGGUCUAGAUCCAAUCCUCUAUUAAUGCAGGCCAAGGUUGGGUCCGCUGCUUUACCAGCCACGACAAACCAUUGGCUUAGAGGACUUAAGCUUGUGAUCAACUAAAUCCUGCAGAACUGAGUGUGGAAAGAUUUUUGUGGCAAAAAUGGAAUUGUUAUUCAAUUAAAAGAUCAGUAAUAACAAGCACACGGCUUUGUUGUGAGAUGCUGCUUUCCAGAAGGCUUGAGCCUGUGCGAGUUAGAAAUUCUUAUUUGCUAAUUUCAGCAGCAUCAAGUGAGCCAGUGAUUUUGAUCAGUUCUGGUUUGGAAGAAAUUUUUGAAAAAUUUAAAGAAAAUGUAAAUAAGAAAGAAAAAUUUAAAGCUUCCUUUAUCUCUAGGAAAAAUAAGAUUUUUCCACUCUGAAAUUAUAAACUUAAUAAAUCUCCUUCAGAAUGCUGUGGAACUGCAGGUUUCUUCUGCUGAUAUCAUGGUUUCCAAGAGAGUGAGUUACCUGAUUAAUUCUGACUUGGAGGUUUGUGCCUAAGGAUUGGAGGUGGCAGGUUGGGGUUGGAGGCGAGGAAUACCUCCGAAAUGAGACACUGUCUUAGGCUCUUCUAAUUUCUAGAGCUCACAUUCUGAGAGGAUGCACUGUCCUAUCAGAUUAAUUGCACUACGUAGAGGUAGUGCCCAGACUCCAAUCCCUGCCCCCCACCCCAGAGUUCUUUAAUUAAUUGAUCUGAAAUGGAGCUUGGGAGUUGACGUUUAUUUGUAGUUCUCUAGAUGAUCCUAUUGUGCACUCACGGUUGAAAACUACCACUUUACAGUUUUUCCAGAAUUGUUGUUUCCUGGUGCCACAGUCCCCCACUGUUACUACUUUAGUUGAUACCUUUAUUAGUUUAGAUACCCCCUCGUCUAGGAAGCCUUCCCUGGCUUUCCCCUGCUAAUACAGGCUCACAGAGGUGUAGGUACGUUUCCACCUUAUCACAGUUACUGCAUCACAAUGAAAUGUACUGUUAACAUGUCUGUCUUCCUCAUAAAGGCUUCUUGAAGGUACUGUGUCUUUAUCUGGCACAUUCUUUGCGUUGCCUAGAGGACAGAGUAUGAAUUCUUGGCAUGACAAAUAAGAGCCUUAGCAGCCUUCGCAAGCCCCUCUACCAGCUUUAUUGCCUGCUGCUCUUCUGGCAGAAACGCUGUCCCUCUCUCAACGUCCUAAUGCCCUCAGCACUUCAUCCUUAGAAUGGCAGCGCUAGAUAGUAAGGCAUCAGGGAAGAUGGGAAUGCGAGCUGUAGUCUAUUAUAUGACUACCACCAUCAUUGCUGUGGUGAUUGGCAUAAUCAUUGUCAUCAUCAUCCAUCCUGGGAAGGGCACAAAGGAAAACAUGCACAGAGAAGGCAAAAUUGUACAAGUGACAGCUGCAGAUGCCUUCCUGGACUUGAUCAGGAACAUGUUCCCUCCAAAUCUGGUAGAAGCCUGCUUUAAACAGUUUAAAACCAACUAUGAGAAGAGAAGCUUUAAAGUGCCCAUCCAGGCCAACGAAACGCUCGUGGGUGCUGUGAUAAACAAUGUGUCUGAGGCCAUGGAGACUCUUACCCGAAUCACAGAGGAGCUGGUCCCAGUUCCAGGAUCUGUGAAUGGAGUCAAUGCCCUGGGUCUAGUUGUCUUCUCCAUGUGCUUCGGUUUUGUGAUUGGAAACAUGAAGGAACAGGGGCAGGCCCUGAGAGAGUUCUUUGAUUCUCUUAACGAAGCCAUCAUGAGACUGGUAGCAGUAAUAAUGUGGUAUGCCCCCGUGGGUAUUCUCUUCCUGAUUGCUGGGAAGAUUGUGGAGAUGGAAGACAUGGGUGUGAUUGGGGGGCAGCUUGCCAUGUACACCGUGACUGUCAUUGUUGGCUUACUCAUUCACGCAGUCAUCGUCCUGCCACUCCUCUACUUCUUGGUAACACGGAAAAACCCUUGGGUUUUUAUUGGAGGGUUGCUGCAAGCACUCAUCACUGCUCUGGGGACCUCUUCAAGUUCUGCCACCCUACCCAUCACCUUCAAGUGCCUGGAAGAGAACAAUGGCGUGGACAAGCGCGUCACCAGAUUCGUGCUCCCUGUAGGAGCCACCAUUAACAUGGAUGGGACUGCCCUCUAUGAGGCUUUGGCUGCCAUUUUCAUUGCUCAAGUUAACAACUUUGAACUGAACUUCGGACAAAUUAUUACAAUCAGCAUCACAGCCACAGCUGCCAGCAUUGGGGCAGCUGGAAUUCCUCAGGCGGGCCUGGUCACUAUGGUCAUUGUGCUGACAUCUGUCGGCCUGCCCACUGACGACAUCACGCUCAUCAUCGCAGUGGACUGGUUCCUGGAUCGCCUCCGGACCACCACCAACGUACUGGGAGACUCCCUGGGAGCCGGGAUUGUGGAGCACUUGUCACGACAUGAACUGAAGAACAGAGAUGUUGAAAUGGGUAACUCAGUGAUUGAAGAGAAUGAAAUGAAGAAACCAUAUCAACUGAUUGCACAGGACAAUGAAACUGAGAAACCCAUCGACAGUGAAACCAAGAUGUAGACUAACAUAAAGAAAUGCUUUCUUGAGCACCAGGUGUUAAAAACCAUUAUAAAAUCUUUCCAUCUCAUUACAGCUUAUUCGCUCCAGCAAGCCCGUUAUCUUCCCUUUCCUCCCUUCUGAUAAGACUGGAAAGUAAUCCUCCAAAAAACAAGGGAGGAUUUUGGGUGGCCAAAGUGUAUAAUUUUCAUCCCACAAUUGAAAUUUUUAAAUCAUUUCAUGUUAGUCUUACCUAAUAAGGUACCAAGAUCACAAAUAGUGUUGAUCAGAUCUUACAAGUUUAUGUGGCACACAAUCCUAUAAAUGUGAUUUUUUAUAUAAGUUAAAGAGACAAAUAGUAGGCUAAAAACAUUUUAAAAUCAACUUUUGUAAUUUAAAAAUCUUUCAGAAUACAAUUCAGUUUUAGUUUCAAAAUGUUAACAACUUGAAUUACAACCGGUUAUCAGUUGGACAGUAAGAUUUUGUCCCUUUCUCUUCUGACUGGUAUACCUAUUUCAUUAGUAGCUAGGUGCACAUAUACAUCUAGCACAGCUGUGAGGAGAGACAGAAGGCAAAGUUUCCAUGUAGCCUUGAGUAAGUCCCAUCUCACCUCUAGGCCUCAGUGUCCUCAUCUAUAAAAUGAGGGACUUCCCUAGAUGUCUUCAUGGUCUCUUCCAGCCCAGACAUCUUGUGAUGUCAUGAAAGCAGCUGCCCUCUAUUUCCCCUCAGAACACCCUGUACCAUCCAUGGAGCACGAUGCCUUCAGAAAAGACACUUCAAUGGGAGUGAACAUUUCUAACUAAGGACAGGAUGGCUGUGUGUGGUGGUCACCAGGUCCUGUGAGCAAAGUGCAGGUUAUGCAAGUCGCCAGGCAGGAGGCCAUUCCAGGAGUGGGAUUAUUCAUAAAACUCUUUGCCCAGUUCAUCCCAAUGGGGGAAGUAUUCCCUUCUUUCCUACUCUGGGAAGAAUGUCUCCUGCCACUCCUCAACUGAUGAUAGACUUCGAAAACAGAAGAGAAGACUAGCAGCUAGCAAGGGUGCUUGUGGUCACACUGUGGAACACUAAAGAGCUAGGAAAGAGUUGAGCACAGGCAACAUUACAAACAAAGGAUUUGAAAACACCAAGAGUACAGGACUUCUUUAAGGAAGAAUAAAAAAGAAGAGGUUCAUUUUUCUGGCUUUUUUUCUCAACUGAAACACUUUUUUCUCUUGAGUCCAAAAUCAUUCCCCCAUGAAGUCUGCCUACCAAAACAUAAGACGACUUAUAUAUUUGAAGGAAGUCAAAUGAAUGAGCUCUCUAAUAGAAGUGCAUGAGUUGAGUGGGUAUUUCUUAUCUGAAAGUGUUUUUCUUUAAUCAAAAGUCCUUAGAAUGAGGAAAACAAAAUAUUUAUUUGUUUUGGAAUCCCACUUAUCAAAUAAUUCAAAACUUUCAGCUGGAGUGGGGUUUGCUUUUGUUUUGUUUGUGUCCAUAAGAGAAAUGGUAGAAGAUGAAUCAGUAUGAAGACACUGUCAAUGAGGUUAUGAGAAGAAACAGCAGGGGCAUUAGUUUCAGGCAAGGCAGCUCCCAGGUUUAGAGAUUAAUUUUUAUCCCCUAAGGAAUAUCCAGUCAAAGACGCUGAGUGGGAGCUGUCAGGCAGUAGCAGCUGUGUUUGAGUUUCUGGCUGAAAAUGGUGAAGAAUGGACUUAAUUAUGCUAACAGACUGAAAAUCUAGACAUACAUCCUCUGAUAUACAAUUAGAGAUAUUUUUAUAUAGACCCCAAGCAUUCUGUGUAUAAAAGUUAACAUUAGGCUGUGGUGCAGUAACCAUUUAAUGUCGAAGCUCUAUUUGGGAAAUACACUACAAAUGUUAAAGUACGUGGCUGUCAUCUUAAGACACUAGUAGAGCAAAGACUUAAUCAUAUCAACUUAAUUCUGUUACACAAUGUAUGUUUUUUAAUAUACUAACCAUUUCUUAUGGAAAGGUCCUGUGGGGAGCCCAUCCUCUCGCCAAGCCAUCACAGGCUCUGCAUACACAUGCACUCAGUGUGGACUGGGAAGCAUUACUUUGUAGAUGUAUUUUCAAUAAAGAAAAAAAUAGUUUUACAUUAA